CACCGAUGCACUCCUUUCAAUUCACGUUGGACCUCCAUCGAGGUAACAUUGCUGCGGUCAGCUGAACAAGUUUUAUCCCUCGAUCGCGAAAUCGAAAAUAUACAUAUUUUACUUACCGGACUUUGAGUGCUAAAAUCGAUUUAAGCCGCGUUUAUUAAUUCAAACGUCACAAAUUAUUCUGCUUUCCAUCUCUAAAUCGAGAUCGGAGCGCGGGAUUGUCCUCGUUUGAAUAUUCCAGAUGCAGAAUAAGUUAUGAAUAUAACGUAAUUAUCGGGGGAAAAAAAAGAAGUGAUUUUGAUUAAAGUGGCAAGGUUGAAGCACGAAGAGCAUAUAAACAUUGGAAAAACAAUGGAUAGUCGCGGAAAGCUAAUUUAUAAUCGAUGGGUAAUGCUGGCAAUCAUCAUCGUGUAUACGUUGGCUGUAAUUAUUAAGACGGCCGAGAGCAGGCCUCACAUCAGGCACCACCGGGACGGCUCGCACUGCAGCAGAUGCGGUCCAGGCUGGGGUGUGAUUAGCCGCUGCGCUCGCGGCCGCGACACCGUGUGCGAGCAAUGCCCCGCCGGCACUUACAGCCCGCAUCACAGCACGCAGCCCUGCUGGAACUGCGCCAGAUGCGGCCCGGGGCUCUACGAGGCCCAUCCGUGCAGCUCGCGCUCCGACACCGUCUGCGACUCCUGCCAUCGGCCCGCGCCGGACAAUCCGGACUACCGGCGCAAGUGCGAGGGACGCGCGAGGUUCUUCCUAGCGCCGGAGGACGCGCGGAGCACCGCCGAGGAGAGCGUCCUGGUCAACGAGCCGGCCUACCGGUUCCAGCUCUACGACCGGGACCAGGUACUCGAGAAGGACGUGGAGGCCAUCCUGAGGGACAAGACGGACGCCGGAGCGGACGUUCUCCAGAGGAUCCAACCACCGUCCGAACGUUAAUCCCGAAUAACGAAGAUUAUGCUCUCUAGCAUAGGUAUUCUUGUUCGUCGGAUAAAAAAACAAGAUAUAAAGGUUUCUCGUUUGUUCCGCGAAGAAUUCUCGAAACUGGAUCAUUAACUGUCUGAGAAAUAAAAUGGAGCGUACAGAAGUAUAUAUAUAAAAAAAAGAAAA